GGGUUUAAUGUUUACAUUAUGCAUGUAUUAAAAGAACUAUUAUGGAUUAGACUCUUGUGCACUCUUGUCUGUUUUUUAUCACGCAGACGUGUUUUCGGCGGUUUAUUUUCUGUCAGAUAAUCUCCAAAAUGUUGUGUAGCUUUAUCGUUUUUCAUUGAGUUUACACCACACAAGUAUGUUGGGGGUUUGUGAAGAGAACUGGACAGUGUCAACAUGCACCGCUCGGUACUUUCUGUGUUUUUUCGUGUUUAUAAAACGUCAAAAGGAAGAAUUAUUUCAGCGCGUACCUGUCACACAGAUAUUCACGUUCGAAGAUUUAUUUUGGAGAACACUGAGGUCGUGGGUGACCUGUCUCUGACCCCUGAGAUCCGUCUGAGGCUCUUUACUCCAAAAUGCAGAUUCUGGACAGAAAGACCAGAAUUAUGGCCUUUUAGUGACCCAUUCUGGGCAAUUUACUGGCCAGGUGGACAAGCCAUUUCGAGAUACUUAAUGGAUAAUCCAGAGAUUUGCAGAGGCAAAUCUGUGCUGGACGUGGGCAGCGGGUGUGGAGCUUCAGCUAUUGUAGCCAAAAAGUGUGGUGCUAAACAUGUCACGGCCAACGAUAUUGACUCCAUUGCAGGACUUGUGACCGUCAUAAAUUCAGAACUGAACAACCUGGAGCCCCCAGUUUGUUCCACCGAAAACAUGAUAAACUCAGAGCCCGUGCCCUUUGACCUGAUUCUCCUGGGAGAUAUGUUUUACGAUGAGAGCUUGGCCUCAACUCUUCACACUUGGUUGGAUCGCUGCAUUAAAUCUCAUGGAGCGACAGUGCUUAUUGGAGACCCAGGCAGAGCAGCGUUUGAGGGGCAAAACUUUCAUCAGCAUCUGCGUCUCUUGGCCCAGUAUAAACUCCCGCAAUCAGUGAGAGAGGAGAACUAUGGUUUAGUCUAUAGCAGCGUUUGGAGCUACAGACCUACACUUUAAACAUUUAACUUUUAUAGUAGAGACACUGUUUAUAUAAAUGGACAUAGCUACCGGUAAGUGUGACUUUAGACAAGCGCCCUUCACCAGAAAGGUUAUACAGUGGACCUUUUGAUGGAUUCAACAUUUAUAUUAAUCUCACUGUGUAUCAACUGGUAAUGUAAUAUUCACUUUUGUUUACUCAAUCUUAUUAUAAUCAAUGUAUUAAUAUGUGCACUUAAACAAUUCUGUUUCUGAGUAUUGCAGACAUUAUGAGUUGCAGAAGGUCAUAAAAGUCAUAUCUACUCAAUAACAGGAAACAUCUUGGGCGACCAUUGCUUAAGGAAGAUAAACUAAGGAAGAUGAAAUGAGGAAGGGCAGACUGACCUUAACUCUGUCCUGAAUACACUGUACUGAAGUGUUAUUUUUGUGUUUCCUGUAAGCAAAAAGGAACUACUCAUGUUGUAAUGUUUUGCAUGUUCCCCCUCCCGUUCUGAGAUGAGUAGUUCCCACGACACUUCAGACAAAACAUACCCUGACCUAGAACCGCUUAAAUCUAGGCAGGGGUCUCCACUCGCAGACCAGAGUGAGAUUAUAUUUGUAUACAGAACUUGGAAAGCUGAGGAUGUAAAGAAGGCCGUAGAAGGCAUUACACCUUACAAAGACGAUGUAAAUCAGUUCUGUGUUGAAAUGGAGGCUCUCCGAGACUCCUAUAAAUUAAAUGGUCUUGAGACGCAGCAGGCCUGGAUGGCUGCGCUGGGCUCCAAUUGGAGCCAUGUCAGAGGUGACUGGGAUCCCUCAGGAACUGAUGGUAAAUCUCUAAAACAUGAUGCUCAGGACUUGACUGUCAGAAUACACGCCCUGGCAGAGAGAACUAAAACUUGAGGACUUCAAAAUUAGAAUGAUCAAAGUGUUUAAAACACACAGUGGAUUAGAAGAAAGUGAUGAUACGCAGGGUCCGUAUCAACAACAGCUCAAAAACGCCUUACAUGCAGGAGGAAAAACUAUAGCAGAAAGCAGAAAAACUGUGAUUUUUCUGCUCCGAAGCCUAUUACUGAAAAACAACUUGUAUAAUUUUUAGGUCUUACAAAUUAUUGCAGACAGUGGAUUCUAAACUGCGCUGAAAUUAUUAACCCACUGCAUAAAUUAAUUUAUGAUGAGCAAAUAACCAUGACAACUCCUUUAAAAUGGACAGCGAACGCCCUCCUAGCAAAGGUACUUCAAGACUUGAUUUUUCCUGAACCAAAAAGCAAAAAGGAACUACUCAUGUUGUAAUGUUUUGCCUGUUCCCCCUCCCGUUCUGAGAUGAGUAGUUCCCAUGUAACUAGGGCUCCUAAUACUGAAUAAAAGGCUUGGAGAAACGAGAGGAGACUUUAGAGGGUAUUGGGGGAACAGCAAGUUACAUGUAACUAAGGUUAUUCUCUCGGUACUCCCUCCACGCGUGUAAAAGAUAUUAAUCUCUUGUCUUCUCUCUUGUUAUUGAAUAUUGAGUAUAGGUGUAAAGGUGAACCUAUCACCUUUAACAAAAAGACAAAUACCUCAAACAUCAAUUUAUCACCAGCUGCUCCAAGGACAUCUCCAGCUUGGUACUUGUUGCCAUUUUUUGUAGAUAUUUCUGUGUGUGAUAUGGGUCGCCUUGACCUUGCCUAGACAAUACUGCUGUGUGUUUUGUACAA